AUUAGAGUAUUACAUAAUCCCCAUUGACCACGGUUUUGCCACUUUCCCCCUCUUUCGCAACUCUAGCAGCGGCAAAAGCGCGUGACACCAUGUUCGCCGGCAAUCACGGUGACCGCGCCAAACGCGAUAAGGCGUCGGGAGUCGUGGCUGGCCCGCAUGCUCAGAGCAAUGGCUGCGUCGUUUGCGGCUCGGACCAGAACGGAGACAGCAUCCUGCUCUGUGACGGCUGCGACGGCGAGUACCACACCUACUGCCUUGUGCCACCGCUCACCGAGAUCCCGGCCGGAGACUUUUACUGCAAGAAGUGUACGGACGCCAAUCUGGCCAAGCAGCGCAAGGCCGAAGGCGCCUCCGCUGCCCCAUCGACCGCCGCAGCUACCAGUGGACAACCGGUGGCUCCUCCUGCAGCUCCAGCCUCUCGUUCAUCUGUCCCCGCUCCACCUUCUGCUGCUGCUGCUGUAUCGGCUAAGCCCACCAUCCUCAUGAAGGAGUCCAAGUACAGAGGUGUGUCCAAAGUGUCGAUGAAGGGCGUUAAAAAGCCGUUCGUGGCCAAGCUCUGGCAGGGAUCAAAGUACCUGCAGCUAGGCACCUUUGGCAGCGAGAUCGAGGCGGCUCAUGCCUAUGACAAGGCCGCACUCAUGCACUACGGCAAGAGCGCACAGCUCAACUUUCCUCACUUGCACGACAGCUUAAUUCGCCAGGAAGUAGCCUUCAGUGUGCGGACACAAAACCCUUCUUUUGCUGCGGCUGCGAGUGCUCCUCCACCUCCCGCUCACUCAGCGUCUGCGGAUAUCUACGCUUCCGGACGCGGGCGAGGCAGAGGUCGUGGACGUGGCCGGGGCCGCGGGCGUGGUAAGCGCUUACAGGAAUCACCCGAUGCACAUGGAACAGCUGCACAACUAGAGGCCAAGCGCCGCAAGAUGGAGAACGUUGAAUUACCGACUCAGCAGGCACAGAGUGUGCUGGCUAAAAAGUAUUUGGGUGUCCAGGUACACCGCGUGUAUGCGCACGCACAGAUUCACGUGAACGGUAAAAUUGUCAAUUUGGGCACAUUUCCCACUGCUAAGGAUGCAGCUAUGGCGUAUGACAAGGCGGCAUUGAAAUACUUUGGAAGACCGACCGGCUCUACUGACGCUCAUCCUGGAGAAAUUGUCCUCAACUUCCCAGAGAAACGUGACGAAUUUUUGAAACAGUUGAUGGAGGAGGAAAAACAAAAAAUGGCGCGACAGACAGGAGGGUCGAACUACGCCAGCCGCAGUGCUCAGAACGCCAAGUACAACUUGUCCAUUAUGAAACUCAAUUCGUGGAUGUCGAAACUCCAGCGAUCAGUGAAGAUGGUGGAGGCCUCCCAGAGAGUGGAGUGGGGUCUUCACCCUGAAUCGAUGAAGACCGAGGAGGAACAGGAGACAAAACAAGAGGAAGAAGAAGCUACUAACGUGUCAUCAUUGGUGAAGACCGAAAUUUUCGGUUCUGGACCUACGAUUAAAAGGGAAUUCACAACACGGGAUCAGAAACUGAGGCAGAACAAGAAGGAGAUCCAAGAAGCAAUUGCACUGAUGGUCGAGGAGCUCAAGAUCUAUGCGGCUGAUGCGCCUGUAGAUCCGCUUUUUCAGCCACCUCCUCGUUGCGCGCCUAUUCUCGAUUUAUUGUCCACUUCUCGACAUUUGAAGUUGAUCAGUGCGAUUAAUGACCUUGCUCACCUCAAAGUGAAGGUAGACGGAAAAGAUCCGCACUCUGUAGUCGAUGGACGCUUCGAAAGCAAACUACAGGCUGUUGUCGACUAUCGCGCCCGUCUUCAGAUGUCAAGCAGCAACGAAAAGCAGAAGUUGGCGAAUUAUAUGCGUGAAUUGGAGACUGUGACGUCGCCAAGCCCGACAAGCCUUCCUGGUGGUGCGACCACAACAGGAGGGGAAACCCAGGCGUCGAAACAGCCGAACAUCCUGAAAAAUGCCAAGUACGUGAAGCGGAAAGUUCCGAUAUCGAAGCCACAGAAGCCUCAGGUGAUAGACCUUAUGUCGGAUGAGGACUCGCCACAGCAAGAGGACAAAGAAAUGAAGAAAGAGCCCGUUGCCACUACAACCGAGGAUUCUCCGGCUGAUGUGAAGCCGGAAGUGAUCGCAGUAGAAGAGCAAGAUCAACCCGAGAGCUCUACGGACGAAACGAUUGCAAAGCAGAAAGAAACUGCAAGUACGUCAACGGGUUCUGGUGACGAGGAACCAUCUUCUGUGUCGGUGGAAGAGAAGAGUACAAACUCAGCAGACAGUGGUGAUAAUGCAGCUUCGCAAGAUGCGACAAAUGAUAAAGAAUCUGGCGAAAAAGAAACGAAAGUUACGACUGACUCCUCUGAAACGACGAAAGAGGAGGAAUCGAAGGAGGGUAGUCCAGACGCGGAUAAAACUGAGGAGGGCAAGGCCGAACCCGAAGUUCCGGAAGACAAGGCUGAAGCAGACAAAGUUGAAGAAGUAGAAACUGAAAAGACUGAAGCUGACACACCUGAUGGUGAUAGUGCAGAGGAUGCGAAGCCUGGAGCUUAUCAAAGCACGGCGAGUAGUGUCGAAGACGAACCCGACACUGCAAAGACGGACGAGGAUAUCACUAUGGAAGAUGCUGAAGAAGAUGGUGGUGAGGUUUCUUCGUCAACAACCAUAGUCGUUCCCAAGGACGAGUUUGAGUGGCAGUUCUGUUUGGCUAUUCAAUUACCCUCAGCUAAGGAGAGCCCUACAACAUGUGACGGUGUGUGGCGAUUACUACCGCUAUCGAGUAAGACCCAAAUGGGCGAAUUCAUUGAAGAUGUUUUCCUAACCGAAAAUGAAGUAUCGGAAAUGGAAAUCUCAGAGGAAGAGGUCUGCUCUUCUUCUGCUGCUACUGACGGGAAAACACCAUGGAUGGAGCAUUUGCGCCAGCUGCAUGUCGAAGAAAGCCAAGUACGCCAGCAAAUCCAGCGGGAAACUAAUCAUCAACACGCGCUACAAGGUAUCAUGAAGAUCGAGCAAGACCGGCUGAAUCAGAUAUCCGUGGUCUACCGCGAAGCCAUGAACAAACUUGAUACAAAAACCUCGCUGGCACUUAAGAAUCAUGCUCGCGUGAGUCAGGACGCACAGCUGGUGAAGUUGAUGCAGCACUCCUUCAACCCAAUACUAGGAGAUCUGCUGGACAAAUGCGAGGAAGCGCUGUUGAACUGCUUCCGGAAACUAUCUCUUCGAUUUGUGGACUUCUCUCAAGAGUUCGAGUACUAUCGCACUGCGCUACUUAAUCUGACUCAAUCUUCAGGAAAGGAGAAUCCAACCGAGGAGGGACAGUCCAGCCCGGUUGACGCAUCGGAUCUGGUUUUGGACGACGUGACCAUUAAGCGGGAAAAUAUCGCGAAGGUAACAGGAGAAGCUGCGGAUACAGACCCGACGAUUGGAACUGGUGACAGUGUGAAGGUUGUUGACGAUAGCGAAGCUACCCCAGUCAAUGAAAGUGACGAGUUUGAUGAUUUGGGUGACAGCUCUGGGCUAAGAGAAGCCUAUAUCAACUUUUAUAUGGGCGAAAUGGAAGCUCUGUGGAAAGAACGAAGCUCUUCACUCGAAAUGGUGCAGGCGAUUCAGCGCUCACUGCUGCAUACCACGCUUCAAGUGGAUGCCUCCACUGCAAAGCCAGUGGAAGUGCAGAAAGCAUCUGAGGUAAAGUCGUCUGAUGACGCUGAGAUGAAGGUAGAGGAAAGCGAGGAUGCCGAGAAUACGGUCGAGUCUACGGAAAUGGAAGCACAAUCCGAAGAGAAAACCGCAGAGUCUGAAGAAAACUCAGAGGUGUCACAGGAGGGUACGGCGUCGACUGGAGGCGCAACAAUCGAAAAGGAGGCCGAUGUAAUCGUGGAACAGGCGGAUGUGAAUACACCGGAAGCUGUGUCAUCAAAACCCGAGAGUACCCAAGUCAGCAGCGAGGUCGUUGUGAAAAUUGAGCCGCAGGAAGAAGUGUCAGGAAAAUUCCGGCGGGAGCAGGAACUACGUGAAGCAGUUGAAUCCUGCUUGGCUCAAUGGCAGCGUAUCCAAUGGCCAGAGGAGCUGAACUCGACGUUCCUCACCCCAACGACAAGUUCCAUCUCGUCAACUACGUCUCCGGUGAUCAAGAGCGAGCACAUUAAGACGCAAACUUGUUCUGCUGCAGAUGAAGAGGAAGCCGAGUACGAGUCACCGUACAGCGUCAUGGACGAGUUGAAACGUGUAAUGAUCGACCUGACUCAAGAUCAAGUGAUCCCUGUCCCGCCGCAGGUUGAGCCGACGACGCUAGUGAUGUAUCACCCUGUAUUCAUCAACCACCAGACUCCGAAGGACCACCCCGAAUGCCCCGAGCGCAUGGAUCGAGUCGUAAACAUUCUGAACACGUUGGUAAAGAAGCACCAAGACACGCUCAAGCUGGAGCGUCUCUCGAUGUCACCAGAAGAGUUGUGCCCUCCGGAAACCACGCUUUUGAUGGUGCACUCGCCGACUUACUUGCGACAGCUGAAGGAGCGAUCGAUCGAAGCCGGUUCACAGUCUGCGUCGUCCCCCACGGCUUCAUCCCCAUCAUCUCGCGCUCUUGUGUUCGAGUCGGACUCGGGCAUUCGGGAAGAGACACCGAAGCGUGAUGGACGAAAGAAGAAUGGACGCCCACUGCUAGCUGGUGCCUUUGGUGCUGCUAGUCUCGAGCAGAAUGGCGUGGAGUUAGACACAUUCGUGAGCAGCAAGUCGUGGGACGUUGCUCGUGCUGCUGCGGGCACCGUGUGUCUUGCGGUGGACCGAGUUGUGCGCAAGGAGUAUCACAACGCGGUCUGCUUAGUCCGUCCUCCAGGACACCAUGUUGGUCGUCAUGGCCGGACGCAAAACGCUCCGUCAUCAGGUUUUUGCUUACUGAACAACGUGGUGAUCGGCGCGACACACGCGCGGCUGUACCCGUGGAUCCGCAAGGUUGCAGUGCUCGAUUGGGAUAUCCACCACGGAAACGGCACGGAGGAGCUGCUGAUGGACGAUCCGGACGCGUUCUUUGCGUCUAUUCAUCUAUACUCAGCUGGGAAAUACUUUCCUGGAACGGGCAAGUCGUGUGAGACGGGCAACCGUGUCAAUGUGGCUCUUGAGAACACGGGAGCUGGUAGCGGUUCACAGGCAUUCAGGUCUGCGCUUGAGUUGAAGGUACUGCCGGCUAUACGAGCGUUCCAACCAGAUAUUAUCUUUAUCUCAGCAGGCUUUGACGGCCACCGCGACGACAUCCUAGGUGGGGUGGCGGCUGUAAACAACCCCAACGUGCCUGCUGGGUACGUGGAGGAGGACUACGCGUGGGCUACUUUGGAGGUCCUGAAGCUGGCGGCUGAGGUAUGUGACGGCCGCGUUGUCUCGGUGCUGGAGGGUGGCUACGACGUGCGCCGUGAGACGAACUCGCUGGCCAAGUCGGUGGCGGCCCAUGUUGCGGCUAUCUCGGCGUACGAGGCAGCCCGGCGAAUGUCUGAUGACAGCGGCACUGUCGAUGUGGAGAUGAAGGAAGAGGACGCAGCGGACAAGGCUGUCGCCCCCGCUGGCUCAGCCACAUCGGCACAAGGUGCGGUUGUCAUCAAGACGGAGCAUCCGAUUAAGCAAGAGCCUGUUGGUUUGCUAGAGAAAUUGCUGUCAACGGACCUCGACGACGACAACGUGGUCAUCAUCGACGACGAGGACAACGAGGAGGAGGGCGGCGAAACAACCCACGAUGUCCAUGACGGCGAAGAUGUUGAGGAUGAAGACACGGGUGAGGAGGACGAUGGCGACGUCGCAAUGGCCGAUGCCGAGGGAGGGCCCGAGAGUGAAGAGCCUCAUGAUCACAGCGAGAAGAGCGGGCAGGACGCCAUGGACGCGGACGACAGUUGAAGUGGUAGUGUCCUCCAUGCUGUCCUCCAUUAUGUUUGUUUUCUGAUUGGCCAUAAUUCGAUUUUCUGUACAAAUCAUCCAA